AAGGAAGUGAAUAAGUUGAUCAGCAACAAGUCCAGCUUUUACAAUUUCGGCAGAGGUUUCCUGCUGGUUCAGGUGUGGUGAGGCCCGGAAACCUCAGUGCCCGCAGACUUUUCCUUUUGUGGGGAGCCCGCCCAAACUCCAUCCUUUGCCCGCGGCCACGCCCCACGGUGGGAAGGAGGGACUGAAAAGCAUUUCCUUGAGGCCGGCACAACUUGCCCUACGCAAAACGAAGUUUAUUUCCCCUCUUCCCUGGCUGAGCAAGUUUCGUCUGACAUACAGAGUGACCGGAGGAGGAACCGGAGGAGGGACAAGUCUCUAGGUCUGCAAAUGGCACAGUUUGUUCCUUUGAAGAACAUUUUCACAUUCUCAUUAAUUCUCACUAGAAUCCUGAGGUCUUCACCAACGUCACCAAGUUGUGGCACAUGGAACCUUUAGUUGUGGCAAGGAGACUUAGCUGUGGCAUAUGGGAUCUGGCUCUCUGACCAGGGAACGAACCUGCACCCUCUGCAUUGGAAGGUGGUCUUAAGUCCCUUUUGGUGGGAAUUUAGAGACAAACUCAUGGAGCUCCAGGAAGAAUGAAAAGAAGAUUCAACUGGCUGGGAGGUUUCUUUGCAUAUGUGUUUCCAGAACUGAGACACUCUGCCUCAAUAAGUGGUGCCCUGUGCAUCCUCAAGGGGUCAAGCGCCGGAGUGGACCACUGCGCUGUGAUGGGAAAUGAGAGGGGCGUGAUGCGGAUGCUGUUGGAAUGCAGUCUCAGUGACAAGUUGUGUAUUAUCCGGGAACAGCAGUAUGAAAUCAUCAUCAUCCCAACCCUCCUAGUUGGUACCUUCUUCAUCCUCCUUGGCGUCAUCCUGUGGCUUUUUAUCAGAGGACAGAGAGCCCAGCAGUCUCCAGGACCUCGAGGUGUUGCCCACGUGCCUCCAUCUGGGAACCUAAGCCAGGAAGCAGCAGGACCUGGGGGAACUGUGUUUGUACCGCUUGAGGAGACCUCGAUGGAAAGCCUUCUGCGAACCUCUGCAAAAGUCCUGGCUAAGCUGCAGGUGCCCCGGGAGCAACUCUCUGAAGUUCGGGAGCAAAUCCACAGUGGUAGCUAUGGGGCCAUCUAUCGCACCACGAUACACACUGGGAGCCCUGCGAAGCCCAAGAGUGUGGUCCUCAAGACUUUAAAAGAACCAACUGGGCUUCAAGAGGUGCAGGAUUUCUUAGGACGAAUCCAAUUCUAUCAAUUCUUGGGGAAGCACAAAAACCUGGUACAUCUGGAAGGCUGUUGCACAGACAGGCUGCCGCUCUACAUGGUACUGGAGGAUGUGGCCCAGGGAGACCUGCUCAGCUUUCUCUGGACCUGUCGCCGGGAUGUGAUGACCAUGGAUGGUCUUCCCUAUGACCUCACAGAGAAACAAAUAUAUCACAUUGGGAAGCAGGUCCUUUUGGCUUUGGAAUUUCUCCAGGAGAAGCGUCUGUUCCAUGGCGACGUGGCAGCCAGGAAUAUUCUGAUCCAGUGUGACCUCACUGCUAAGCUCUGUGGGCUGGGCCUGGCUUACGAAGUUCACUCCCGAGGGGCCAUCUCCUCCAGUCGCGUCGUACCUCUCAAGUGGCUUGCCCCAGAACGGCUUCUGCUGAAACCAGCUGGCAUCAAAGGAGACAUCUGGUCUUUUGGGAUCCUGCUGUACGAGAUGGUGACUCUAGGGGCACCUCCAUAUCCUGAAGUCCCUCCUACCAAUAUCCUACAGCAUCUCCAAAGAGGGCAAAUCAUGGAGAGACCCAGUAGCUGCACACACACCAUGUAUGGUCUCAUGAAGUCCUGCUGGCGCUGGAGUGAGGACAGCCGCCCCUCACUUAGAAAGCUACACUCGUGUCUCGAAACUGCUGCUCAAAGUGCAAAUGACAAGGCUGUGUUGCAAGUACCAGAGUUGGUGGUACCUGAACUGUACGCAGCUGUGGCAGGUAUCAGCGUGGAGAGUAUCUCCUACUGCUACAGCAUCUUAUGAAGGUCCUGGGACAACACCCACUCUGGGGAGAUCGUAUACCCUUGAAACCAGUUCCUCCAAGAACAAAGACUUUCUAGUGGGAGUUUAAGGGAGAAAUGGGACAUGGAUCUUGAAUCUUCCCCUACACAUUUCCCUAGAAGCCUGAAAUGAUGCUGGAUGAGACUGCCCUCACCAUGUACCCUUGAGACGGAGAAAUGCAGUUUCAUUUCUGUCGUCCCAGUUCUGAAGACACAGGAUAGAUGGGUUGGACGGUGUCCAUGCAAGGGAGGUUUUACAGAUUUGCAAUCUUUGUUGCAACGUGGCAUAGAUAAGUUGGUCCCUCCUACCACAGGCUUGUUUCCUUCAAAACGUACCUUUAUCUAGACUAUAGUAAGGUCCAGAAAAUUGGAAUCAAAUGAGGGAAGAGAAAGUUGAAAAGAAAUUGAUGAGAAGAAAAUGAAAGGUUCUAUUUGCUCAGGAGUAUAGAUGAGGACCAAGGUCCAUCCUUCAUAGAGAAGGGAAAGGAAGGUCAUAUAGUUCUUCAUUUCUGGCCCAUUUGUGCAGGGAUGAAGGAGAACCAUUAAGGAAGAUUUCUGAGCUUCCCUGGUGGCUCAGAGGUUAAAGCGUCUGCCUCCAAUGCAGGAGAUCCGGGUUUGAUCCUUGGGCUGGGAAGAUCCCCUGGAGAAAGAAAUG